AUGCUGACUCACUAUAGGCCAACAGUCAACAAGGAGGGCAAUGCAACAAAAAGGCCCAUUCCAAAGAAGCUAUAUGCAUAUAUGAAGACGAAGAAGAUUAGUAGAGCGUACAGACCAACAUGCGAGGCACUAGAACUAGUGCCUCGAACCCCGGUAUGCAUAGGAAUAGCUGAAGAGGAAGAAAGAACAGAGGACACCUUAAGGCCUCAAGCAGAGGAAGAGGUGGUGAGAGUAGAGCGAGAGAGGGAGGAACAAAGAAAACGAGAGGAGGCGAAGAAAAAGAAAAUAGAGAGGGAGAGGAAGAAAAGGGCAGAAGCAGAGCAAGCAGAGCAAGAGAGAUUGGCUGAACUUGCUCGUAAACAAGAAGAGGCAGAGCGAGCAGAAAAAGCUCAACAGGAUGAGAUAGCUCGCUUAAGGGAAAAGGCUAGAUGCAGAGUAGAGGAAGAAGCUCAUCAAUCCUCUAGCUCUAACCACGAUGAUGACCAAGAGUAUUUCGAUGAUGCUGCUAGGUCUUACAAUUCUAGUGAGGAGAGUGAGGAAGAAAAAGAAGAAGAGAUUGAGAGUGAAGAAGAGGAAAGUGAAGAAGAAAAAAAGGGAGGAGGUGCAGCAGCUACUCUGCCUCAGGAUGAGCCAGAGCAACCCAGGGUAAAUAAGCACAUCCAUUUCGACACCCCAACUCCCAGUGCAAACAAAUCAUUUGACUAUGGUGGUCGAGACACGAAAGUCAUUGAAACAGAGGUUACUCAACCAACAUAUGUCACAAGGGAAGAGUUCCAUUCCCUUGUCACCUCUGUGCGGUGCUCCUUGGAAGAGCUAAAACUCAUCUUGGCCCGUGCAGAGCCAUCCCCUUCUGCACCUGCUYUGGAUGAGAUACGAGCAUCCUUGGCAGUAUUGAGAGCUGAGUCUUCGACAAAUGCUUUUCGUCUUGAUACUUUGAUGGAAUUAACGGCACACAAUGCAGAGGCCUUGAAAGAGGUCAUAACAUCCAUGAAGAGGGGUGAGGUAUCCACUUCCCAAGAUGCCCAGGCGAUCAUCCCUCUGAAUGUACCUGUGGACCAUGUCACUCAGAGCGCAAUGAAUGCUCUGGGUGACAGACUUCUAUAG